GAGAGAGAGAGAGAGAGAGAGAGUCGUACUGCGCAUGCGCCGCCACAGACUGGAAAGCUAUUGUGUAGCGCCUUGUCGGAUUUUUCCCUUAUUAAAUAAAACCUCUUUCGCGUCUGCGCCAGCAUUUCAACCAGGCGAAAACAGGAGUCAGUCAUGACAUCACGUGCAGGCCCGAGAGCUGCUGGAACUGAUGGGAGUGACUUCAAGCAACGAGAGAAAGUGGCUCCUCAGUAUCAGAUGAGUGCUUCAUUAAAGUCUGAGAUCAAGAAGCUGACCGUUGUGCAUCUCGUAAUAUGGUUACUAAUAGCCUCCCAGGUGACAAUCGCCCAUUUCAAGCUGUACUCCCAUGAUGUGGUGGCCAUGCCCUAUCAGUGGGAGUACCCAUACCUCCUCAGCCUGCUGCCCUCGCUGCUAUCUAGCUUGGCUAUGCCCAGGAACAACAUCAGCUACCUGGUUAUCUCCAUGAUCAGCGCUGGCCUAUUUUCCGUGGCUCCACUAAUCUUCGGUGCCAUGGAGAUGUUCCCUGUAGCACAGCAGCUGUACCGACACGGCAAGGCUUACCGAUUUAUCUUUGGUUUCUCGGCGGUGUCAGUGAUGUACCUGCUGAUGGUGAUCGCCAUUCAGGUGCAUGCGGGGCAAAUUUACUACAGCAAGAAGCUACUGGAUGCCUGGUUUGACUCCACACAGGAAAAAAAGAAAAAAUAAAGACGCAGUUAAUGAAGAACUGGUUACAGGUCAUGCUGUUGUGCAUGACUCACCGUUUAUUUUCAACAUGCAUGGAAUUAUCCAAAAAGCAAUAAAUGCACAUCUCAGAUCAAAUGGA